CCGGCAAGUACUCCGCAAUCCACCUCUUCCAGAACUGCUGCUGCAUUGCUUGCACGUGUUGCCAGCGGGACAGCGUCGAUUGCUUCAGGUGGAGGUAGGACGGCUCGGGAACCGAGCGCAUCUCUCGCCCGAUCAAAAAAUGUGCUGGGGUGACUGCGGUCAGAUCGUUCGGAUCGUCGGAGCACGGCGUCAAGGGCCGCGAAUUCAGCACGGCUUCGAUUUGCACCAGCACGGUAGUCAGCUCUUCGAAGAUCCCACCGAAGUGCGGGCUACGUGGCGGGAUGAAGCUCCAGGUGAUUCCGUGGCUGCUGCAGAACUCCUCCACCUUCUCGAUGUGCUGCUCCUCGGCGAACAACUUGGCCAGUCGCUCGAGCUCGGUCUCCGACCCAACGAAGUUCGUCGCGUUGUCGGAGUGCAUUUUGUUCACCAGGCCUCGACGUCCAGUAAACCGGCGCAAGGCAGCGAGGAAGGCAUCCGUCGUCAGACUCGAGACCAGUUCCAGGUGUAUGGCUCGCGUGCUCAUACACACGAAGAGGGACACGUACCCCUUCGUCAUCAUCGGCCUUCGUGCUGCGGUCAGCGACUUGAUCAGGAACGGCCCUGCGAAAUCGACACCGGUGUGGAAGAACGCAGGGGCUGGUUGAACUCGGUAGGACGGGAGGUCUCCCAUCAGCUGGGCCGUCUUCAUCGGGUUGACUCGGAAGCACGUCACGCACCCUCGAAUCACCUUCCGGAUUGUCGUCUUCACGUUCAUCGGCCAAAAACGCUGACGAAUCAGCGCGAGCAGGCCCUUCUGGCCUACGUGGAGGUUCUGUUUGUGUUCGUGGCGAAUGAACGAUUCUGUGACCGGGUGCUUGGCAGGCAUCAGGAUCUGGUGCCGGCUGUCGUACGGCACGAAAGCUUGCUUGAUUCGACCGCCAACUCUCAGAAGGCCGUCGUCGGGAUCAAUGAACGGGUUCAGUCCUCGCAGGCGGUGCGUGUGGUUUUCCUUCAACGCCAGCAGCUCGGCCUGGAACGUUUCCCGUUGCAUCAGCCGCAGGGUCAACUUCAACGCCGCGUCGCGCUCUUCGCUCGACGGUUCUCCCUUUACCAGGACUUCUCUUCUCGUGAUGAUGUAGUUCGCAAACCGCACCACCAGGCUCAUGCUGCGAAGCAGUCGGCGGAAAUCUCCGAGCUUGUCGAAGAUCCGCAAUCGCUGAAUCGGCGCCGCUAGCGCCAGACACUUCGUGGAUCGCAAUCCCGGGAGGUCCGCGCCGUCGAGAAGAGGGGGCUGCACUACCUCAAUAGUGCGAUUGUUCAUCGACACCGGCCCGUCCUUCCAAAUCACCCGUUGGAGCAGGUUCUGGGGCAUCA